GAAAUUAUUUUGCGGGAAGCGGUUUCUGUCCAAUUUGAGUUUUCAAAACAGUUCAAAAUAAACGUGCUAGCUACUCGUUAAAAUGAGUGCCAAAAAGGGCAGAAGAGCCAAAGUGCUCCCACAACAGGAGAGUCACAAAGGUUCAUCCAAUGAUCACGAUUCCCCCAACCUGUCCUCUAUUGACAGAGCUAGCUUUUUCGAGGGGCUGCAGCAGAAUCACGGUAACCCUCUGCACAGCACGGCCAUGGAGGACGAUCUGAAGGUCCCGGAGGAGGAUCGGGUGAAGGGGCGAAAAGCUGGGAAAAAGGAGAUUCCUCAGACCGUGAAGACCUCUGUAAAGCAGCGUGGAUCUGCCAUGAAGAGGAAGGAGACGGAGCGGGAUGAUGAGGAGGAAGAGGAGAAGAAAAAGAGGAGCAGGAGAAGUACUGGAGGGACGAGGCCGGAGGACAAUCAGCAGAUGAAGAAAGGCAAGAAGAGAGGGAGUGAAACAGGAAGUGGAAAGUCCAGUGACGCUGCGCCGAAGGAGAAACCUGACGCUGCCCAUAAGAGAGUUCUGUCCUCUGGGGAGGAGGAGGAUGAAGAUGAAGAUCGGAGUUGGAAGCCAAGUCCGAAGAAGGCCACGGCUUUAAGUUUUGGAAAAAGCAGAAAGUCUUCGUCCAAGGGGCCGAAAUCUAGAACGUCUUCAUCAGGCAGUGCCUCUGCAGAACCAGAGGAGGCCCGCAGAGAGAAACGGAGGAGGAGCAGACGUGAUGGAGGUGGAGGAACAGAGUCCGAGGUGGUGCUGGAUGCCUUCCUGGAGUUCUGUGACCAGUACAGAGAGUCUGUGGAGUCUAAAGCAGUCAAACAGGCCGUUGAUUCGUUCUCCUCCAAUGUGAAGGAGCAACUGCUAGAAAAGAUCUCUUCUUCCAAGGAGUUCAAGGUUCUAAAGAGAGAAAACGCCAAGGUGGGCUCUUCGAUCCGCACAGAGACACAGAGACUGCUGGAUGCCAAACAUGAGCUGAUGAGGGCGGAGAGGCAGACGUGGCUGAUGCAAAAGGAGAAAGCGGAGCUGGAGGUCCAGCUGGCCGAUCUGAGACGAGGCCGAGCCUUUCUGCAGGACUUCAAAGAGCUCAGCAGACGAUACCUGGACUACCGACACAAACGCCCCAAAGAAAAAGAGAUGUACGGGGCGUCCAGCUUGCCUGCUCUGCUAUUGGAGACCAAGCAUAUUCAGACCGCACAGCCUCCGCUGGGAGUGACCAGAAAGCAGCAAAAGACUCUGAAAUAGCGCACCACGCCAUACCUUACUCAAAAUGUCAAAAGGGCUCAAAGACGACACAAAGCCACACUGAGGCCGUUUUAAAGCCUAAUCCGGCUUCACGUUUUGGGUUGAAUGUUGUGGUUCAGAUUUUAUUAUGUAUAUAUGCAAAAAAGUUCCUGCCCAUCCAGAUAAAAAAAUAAACAAUACUGUUAGUACAAAUAAACUGGUUUGAUGUUGAA